AUGUAUGUGAAAACAUGGAUUUUCACUUUGUUCCUCAUAGAUAUCUGUACUUGCCUUCCUUCCAUAGUCCAUACCGCAAUUUCAUGUGAUAAAACCGAUUUUUUACUCAAAAUUCAAUUCAAUGAGACAUUUUCCGGAACAAUUUUUACGGAGAAAGGUGAACCUAAUUGUGUUUAUCUCAAUGCUAGUAUACAGCAAGCUGUCAGCUAUGAUGUUAAGAUUCCAUUAACUGGCUGUGAAACAAGGCGUAAUGGUGAAGGAAACUUAGAAAAUGAAAUUGUCGUUCAAUCAACGAAUUCUUUCAAUUCGGCUAUUGAUAAACGUUAUCUGCUUACAUGUAUACCUGCCAAUCCCAUCUUUAGAGAUUCUCAAGUUACUGUGUCUUUCGGAGGAAUAACGGUUGAUACUUCCUCUUCUACUGCUGCAACCCUGAUUAGUAGUCCUAAGAUUGAUUAUCAAGUAGUAGUUCGCGAUGGUGAUGAUUUCAACUCUCCACCUCUGAAUCGACCUUUGGCUGUUGGUGAUAGAGUGACAUACACAGUUCACUUAACGUCAGGCGUGAGAGGGCGAAUAGGAAGAUGCUGGGCAAGUGACGGUAAAAGCGAAUUAGAGCUCAGUUCUACUGAUGGCUGUAGCGUACAGAAGUCAGGAGAAGUCUGGGGUGAUUUCGAUGUUUCAAGAGAUGAAAGCGGCACAUUAUUUAUGAACCACAUCAAAGCAUGGGCGUUUCCAACAAGUAACGAAGUGAACAUAUUCUGUAAUUUGCAUAUUUGUGCUGAUUGUGAACAAUCUACAUGCACACAUGAUCGUAAUCGUCGAUAUGAGCACAGUGUUCUAUCACGUCGUGAACUAUCAUCAGAACGACGUCUAGCUGAUGAUGUGAUGGAUGAUGAAGAUAUUCUGAAUGAUACAAGUCCUCCAAUAUCAUUACGUACAUCAUUCAGACUUCGUCGUCAAUCACGAAGUUCGCCUAAAGCUAAUGUAUCAUCCUUAGCAUCAUCUUCAGCAUCAGCUUCAACAUCCAAUGAUGAUGUCAAUAUGAAUCUAAAUAAUAAUUUAAAUAACCUGACGUCAUCCUCAACGCACAUCUUAAUCUCUUUCGGAUUAUUGUUCCUGACAUUUGUGACAUUAUAA